AUGUUACGCUCUACGAUGGGCUUGGGCAAGACCCGAGUCCCGGUUUUGCGCCAGCCGGCAUACAGUCGCCUCUCCGCGUCGAGCUCUACGAUCCUACGGACACGAACCACCGUACGGGCGGCUUCGACCGUGACCGACAUUGAAAGUUUCCCUGGAAUUGGCGAAAAGCUUCACGGCUUCACUGUUCGCGAAAAGAAGCACGUACCGGAGCUGCACUUGACCGCGGUGCGGUUGACUCACGACAAGACCGACGCGGACUAUUUGCAUGUCGCAAGAGACGACAAGAACAAUGUCUUCGGUAUCGGAUUUAAGACAAACCCGCCCGAUGCCACUGGUGUGCCCCAUAUUCUGGAGCAUACUACCCUCUGUGGCAGUGAGAAAUAUCCAAUUCGCGAUCCCUUCUUCAAGAUGCUCCCGCGCUCUCUUUCCAACUUUAUGAACGCCUUUACCUCUUCCGACCACACUACCUACCCAUUCGCCACUACCAACUCGCAAGAUUUCCAAAACCUUCUAUCCGUCUACCUUGAUGCCACCUUACAUCCACUUCUCAAGGAAGAGGAUUUCCGGCAGGAAGGAUGGAGAUUGGGCCCUGAGGAUCCUCGCGCUUUGAAGGCGGCUCCCGGUGAGCCCGAGCAAAAGGCCAAGCUGGACGACAUCGUCUUCAAGGGCGUUGUCUACAACGAGAUGAAGGGCCAGAUCUCGGACGCCAACUACCUUUACUAUAUCAAGUUCAAAGAGAACAUAAUUCCGGCUCUGAACAACUCAGGAGGCGACCCUGAGUAUAUCACAGACCUCACACACAAACAGCUCACCGACUUCUCGAGGCGUAAUUACCACCCCAGCAACUCGAAGAUCUUGACCUACGGUGAUAUGCCCCUCGAGCGUCACCUGGAGCAGAUCGGAGCAGUUUUGGAUGGAUUCAACAAGGGCCAGGUUGAUACCGAUGUGAAGAUGCCGCUGGAUCUCAGCAAGGGACCUUUGAAUGUUACAGUUCCUGGCCCUAUCGACACAUUCGCGAGCGAAGAUAAGCAGCACAAGACCUCAACUUCUUGGUACAUGGGUGACUCAACCGAUGUUGUGGAAACAUUCUCUGUCGGAAUCAUCUCCUCUUUGCUCCUUGACGGAUACGGCUCUCCCAUGUAUCGGGCUCUUAUUGAGAGCGGCCUUGGCUCUUCCUUCACUCCCAACACCGGCCUUGAUGCCUCCGGAAAGGUUCCGGUUUUCUCUGUCGGUGUUACCGGCAUCGGCGAAGCGGAAGCUCCCACAGUAAAAUCCGUUGUUCAAGAUGCUUUCCGGGAGUCUGUAUCGACUGGCUUCAGCGAGGAGAAGGUGCGUGGCUUCCUUCACCAGCUGGAGCUUUCGCUGCGUCACAAGACUGCGAACUUCGGAAUUGGAGUGAUGGAGAAGACCAUCUCUUCCUGGUUCAACGGAUCCAACCCGAUGAAGGAGCUGGCCUGGAAUGACGUUAUCGAGGAAUUCAAGAGGAGGUAUGAGAAGCCCGGAUAUCUCGAGUCACUGGUGGAGAAGUACCUCCUUAACGACCAAUGCAUGACGUUCACAAUGGUUGGUUCUCCUACAUUCAACAAGGAUUUGGAUAAGGCGGAAGCUGUGCGCAGAGAAACCAAGCUCUCCCAGCUUAUUGAGCAGCACGGAUCUGUCGAAAGCGCUGUCGCCAAGUUGAGUGAAGAGGAGCUGCAGCUGCUCAAGGUGCAAGAGGACGCCCAUAACGCAGAUUUGAGCUGCCUUCCGACGUUGCGCGUGAAGGAUAUCUCAAGAGAGAAGGAGCGUAAGCCUGUGCGUGAAAUCAGGCUCGAUGACGUUGACGUCCUAUGGAGAGAGGCCCCGACCAACGGGUUGACCUACUUCCAAGCUGUCAACGCCUUUGAGGACCUUCCAGACGAACUCCGACUUUUGAUGCCAUUGUUCAACGACUGUGUCAUGCGCCUGGGUACCGCCAACAAGACCAUGGAGCAGUGGGAGGAUCUCAUCAAGCUGAAGACCGGAGGCAUUACGACCUCCUCUUUCCUUGUGUCCUCACCUACCCACUUGGACCAGUUCAAAGAAGGAAUGAACUUCUCUGGAUACGCCUUGGACAAGAAUAUCCCUGAAAUGCUUGAGAUGCUGUCAACUCUUGUCAUGGAAACGGAUUUCUCCAGCCCUGCCGCACCGGCUAUGAUCCAAGAGCUUUUGAAGCUGACCACCAACGGAGCGCUGGAUAGUGUCGCAGGAACCGGCCACCGCUAUGCUGUCAAUGCCGCAGCGGCUAGCCUCUCUCGCGUCUUCUGGAUCCAAGAGCAGCAGUCCGGACUUGAGCAGUUGCAAGCCACUGCAAACCUUCUUCGGGAUGCCGAGACAUCCCCCGAGCGUCUCCAGGAGUUGAUUGAGAAGCUUCGUCUCAUCCAGUCGUUUGCCAUCUCCAAGUCUUCUAAUCUCCGUAUUCGCAUGGUCUGCGAGCCGGAGAGCGCUGCUCGCAACGAGUCUGUCCUGCAGAAAUGGAUGGCGGGUCUGCCCCAGGUCCGAUCGCCCUCCGGACUUGCUGCCGCAUCCCCAUUCAAAUCGAUCGAGAAGGCUUUCUAUGACCUCCCUUACAAGGUCUACUACUCCGGUCAGGCUACCCAGACUGUCCCUUUCGUCGACCCCUCCAGUGCUCCACUCACGGUACUGUCCCAGCUUCUGACUCACAACUACUUGCACCCUGAGAUUCGCGAGAAAGGCGGUGCUUACGGCGCAGGAGCCAGCAACGGACCCCUCAAGGGGAUAUUCACUUUCAUGAGUUACCGUGAUCCCAACCCGAUGAACACUCUCAAGGUCUUCCAAAACAGCGGGGUUUUCGCUAGAGAUCGUGUCUGGUCCGAGCGAGAGAUUGAAGAAGCUAAGCUCGGCAUCUUCCAAGGCCUCGACGCACCCGUGAGUGUGGACGAUGAGGGCGCUCGCUAUUUCCUGAGCGGUGUCACUCACGAGAUGGAUCAGCGCUGGAGAGAGCAAGUCCUUGACGUGACCGCCAAGGAUGUUAACGAGGUCGCUGAUCGUUACCUGGUGAACGGCUCGCGCAGGGCAACGUGCGUUCUCGGUGAGAAGAAAGAUUGGGCCGGCGCCGACUGGGACAUGCGAAAGCUGUCCAUGGGCGAAAGCGCCGCCUCCGAGUAA